AGCAGCCGUGCACAUUACCCCACAUCCCGGUUAAGGAGCCUCAUGACAGCAGCGUCUUUCACCUAUAUUAAUGCGGCCUUACCCUGACGUCGUCGGGCCUACUGUAGAAUAUUCCAUCACUAUUCUCCAGCCCGUGCCAUUGGUUAGCUGUCUACUUUCUGCAGUAUGUCAGAUGAAAGCGCGGGACUCCCUACAUUUCGGCCAUGGAACAAGCCGGAAGCGUGGGCACCGACAUGUUCAUCUAAAAUGAACCGUGCUCAGAUGGACUUGGGGUAAGGAAGGGUUCGGUGACGCGUUUGAGAAUUGUAUAAAGAGUGUCUCCACUCACCCACAGUUAUCGUCUCAUCAACAUCCAGCGCAUCCACAGUCUCUACUACAUUCUUCUGAACCAUCACCAUGUUCACUUCUACGCUCAUUACCUUGGCCUCAGUUGCCUCUACUGCACUGGCUGCACCUGCCCUUCAUCCCCAUGUCUCUCGCGCCGCUGAGCCCAAGUGCCCCAUCGUCUUCGACGGCCGUGUCCCCACCAACAUGACGCCUGUCUCCUUUGACACUCAGUCCACCAACACGCUCUUCAACGCCGACUUCGUCAAGGGCAACAACCUGACCUGGUCUCAGAUCCUCAAGUUCCCCAACGAAUCCUCGCGCUUCGACGGCGACAAGUUCAAGGCUGUUGAGGUGACCAUCUCCGAUGAGUCCAUCUUCCAGAAGCAGCAGGGAUUCCGCCGCGCAGGUCUCCAGUUCCUCAAGGAUGCCCCUGAUGGCGAGGGUGGCAAGGGCGUCAAGACUCUCCACUGGAGUGUCAAGCAGGACCCUGCCAGGCCUUUGAACCUCACCCACGAGUACCUUAACGUCUGGCACGAGGCUGCCGACUUCAGCAACAACCAGAUCCAGUUCCAGACCGGAUCUCUCAUCGGAAAGAGCGAUGCCGACAAGGACCAGUUCAAGAUUCUUGACCGUGCCGGCAAGUGGCUCUGGAACGUUAAGAUCGACCAGACUCAGUGGCAAAACUUUGCUCUGAAGCUUGACUACACCAAGAACGAGACCACCAUCUUCUACUCCGCCGGCCAACAGGAGCUCAGGCAGGUCGCUGGUCCUUUGUCCGUCAACCUUGCUGGUCUCGGCCAGUUCCAGAUGGGCAUCCUCAAGAAGCCCACUGGCACUUCUGAUGUUGCCAACGCUGGUUUCCAGGAGGCGAACCUUGACGAGGGCCAGAUCUACGGUGGUCUCUUCCUUGAGGACUCCAGCAGCGGCUGCGUUUCGCUCUAAACGGAUCGCGGGAUUGCUCUAUCAUGCUGAGUGUACGGGGACGAUGGGAUGAUUGUAUAUAGGAGGAAGAGAGUGGUUGUAUAUAUAGAACGUGUGUUCUUGCUUUGCGUGGGUGGUAGCUUUGUCGAAUUGCACGUGUUUGCUUCAUGGCCAGAUGUGCAGUAUGAACGGCGAUAUAUUUUCCGUACACUACAAACCGUCCCCUUACCCAUCACUUCUAAGCCUUCCAUCAACGUUUACAUGCGUACCUCAUAGGAAAUGCUCAAGUUUUCUGUUGUGGUGAUGGCGUUGGUGAGGCUGCGUUGCGAUCUCGGAGUUGCGUGAUGACAUAACGUCACGGAUCACGCCGGCCCAUGAUGCCCAGCUGACACGAUGCUAGGAAACCAUGAACGAUAGCUUGAGAAGUAG